AUGGUGGCAGCAGCAAUAACAGCAAAGAAUCCACGCAAAAAGGCUGUGGAUUUCUUUUCCUCAAGCAAAUCAAAGACUUCAGUUGAGCAAAAAAAAAAAAAGGGAAAUACAAGUAGUGUUAAAAAGAGUGCGGCAUCAGCAGCAAUUGCAGCAAAGUUUGAUCCUCUGGCGCGAGUGAAGCAUAGCGACGAUGAAGAUGAUGAUGAGGAUGAAGAUGAAGACCAAGACGAAGACGAAGAGGAAGAGGAAAGCAAAUCGAAUUCAUUAAGUUUUAGCAAGUUUGAAAGUGAUGAAGAAGAUGAUCAAGAUGAAGAUGAAGAAGAAGAGGAAGACAAUCAAGAUGAUGAUAAUGAUAAUGAUGAUGAUGAAGAAGAAGAAGAAAUAAGCAAAGGAUCAGAGAAACCCAGCAAAUUAAAGAGAGAUGUUUUUGCAGAUGAUGAUGAAGAAGAAGACGAGGAAGAAGAAGAAGAAGAAGAAAAGACAUUAUUACCAAACGACGAGGAAAAUCAAGAAGAGGAGUCUAAGAAAGCCUCUAUAGAGUCAAAAUUAAAGGCCCGUAAAAAGUCAGCAGAAGCUGCAGCUAAGCGGUCGAAAAAGUCAGGGCUUGUAUACAUUUCACGUGUUCCUGAGUUUCUGACGCCUGGAGGAAUGCGACACAUUUUGACGAAAUAUGGGCCAGUGGAUCGCAUUUAUCUUGUUCCUGAGCCAGCAUCAGUGCGUGAGCAGCGGAUGGCCCAUGGAGGAUCAAAGCAGCGCAUGUAUAUAGAGGGUUGGGCUGAGUUUGAGCGGAAAAAGGAUGCGAAAUUAUGUGCAAGUGUACUAAAUGGACGUGGGAGUACGAUAGGAGGGAAAAACCGAAGAGGUCGAUUUUAUGAUACAGUGAUGGCAGUACGAUACUUGCAUAAGUUUAAGUGGAAUGAUUUAGCAGAACAAAUGGUGGUUGAAAAGGAGGCAAGAGUGGAAAAAUUGCGUAAGGAAAUUGGUAUGGCAAAUGAAGAAAAUAGAUUGUUUGCACAUGGUGUUGCUAUGGCUAAGGCCAUGAAGAAACGAGAAGCCAAUAGUGGUAGUGGUGGUGUUAAAGAAGGUAAAGAAGAGAUGUUGCGUACAUUUGAUCAGCGAGAAACAAGGACGAAAAGGGCAGAAGUAGAAGGAGAUGCCGUGGGUGGGUCGGCCAAACGGCGCAAGACGGUGGGUGGUAACAUGUCGCAGGAGAUUCUUGCGCAGAUUAUGUAG